CACACACACACACACACACACACACACACACACACACACACGUAUAUAUACCCAAUGACUCGUAAUAAUUGCUUACAAAUAAGCACACAUAUGCGUGGACACACAUAUUAGAUGAUAUGACAUUAUCGGACAUGUUAUCGAUUGUAGGAUUUUUUUCUAUUUUCUUAAGAUAAAUGUCAUUAAUCUUUGAAUGAAAAAUGUUAAGACUGAUGCUAAAAGACAGUGACACAGCAACAUUUAUGAAUUGCGCAAUCAAUGCAGGAUUUAUAUCGUUUACGAAGAAAUAUUACAGAUAAAACUAAAAAUACUCUCAUGCGAUGAGCAGUCAGUAAUUGAGCGUGCAGUUUAUAUUCAGCAACGUAUUAUGUUGCAUCAUUUAUUAUUCGCUUAUCUACUGAAUAUCAGUCAAGGUGAUAUUCGCGUAGUGGAAAACUCUUUCGACUCUCAAAUACGGCAUCUUCUUCAUUAUAAUUGACAUACUAAUUUUUUUUCAAAUUUCUUUUUUGUUAUUACACUGGAUAUCUUGACAGUUAUAACCAAAGUUAUUUAGAAUAAUUCUAUUGCGUCAUAAAUAAAAAUCUUUUAUUUAUGACGCAAUUUUGUAAAGUGACAUUAUUGGAUUGCAUUCAGAAUUCUACAUUUACCAUCUAAAGACCAAAUAUUUCUGACACAAUGGUUGAAAAUAAUCCGAAGAAAUUUAUCAUGGAAAAUGACAUCUACAAAGGACCAGUAAAAAAUGAUUUUGGUAAUUAUGGGAGUCUUGGAGAACUGAUGUGGAUUAGUAUUAAAAAUAAAGGGGAUAAAAUUGCAUUUAUAAACGCACAUACUGAAGAAACAGUAACAUACACGGAACUGCAAAAUAAAGCUGUGAAAUGCGCUUUGUGGCUACAAAAACAAGGAAUAAAAUCUGGUGAUGUUAUUACUGUGUGUUCCGGUAAUCAUAUUAACUCCGUCGUGCCUUGUCUUUCAGCAGCUUAUAUUAACGCAAUCUUCAAUCCAUGGAACGACAACAUGGACUCACAAACUACAUUGCACUAUUUGCAAAUGACGACACCAAAGAUAAUCUUCUGCAGCGAGAAAUCCGUAAAUGCCGUCUUGAAUGCGAUAAAAGAGAAGAAUUAUAGUUGCAUAGUGGUGGUUUUCGGCAAGCACGUUGGUGCGAUUUCGUUCUUCGAUAUCCUGAAAAAUUGCAAUGAUGCAGAAGCGGUAAAUUUCUGUUAUACCAAACUCGACGACAUCAAGCAGACAGCGUGUAUUAUGCAUUCCUCAGGUACCACGGGGAUGCCGAAGGGCAUUGAACUGUCCAACUACACUAUAGUAGUACUCAUUCAAACAAACAAUAUGAGCGUAACCAACAAGCCAACUCUUUGGUAUUCCACUCUUUAUUGGCUGACUGGGAUAGCAAUGUACUUCAACGGGAUUGUGCAAGGCUUCAAAGGAAUUCUCUAUCCGGAAUUUGACGAAGAAAUAACUUGCCAAUUGAUUGAAAGAUACAAAGUUCAAGAUGUAUUCCUUAGUACAAGCAUGGUCAAUCGGUUGCUCAAAUCUGAUUAUUUAAAGAAAUAUCCGUUAUCAUCUUUGAAAUUCAUAAAAUGUAGCGGUACAUCACUUAAGCCAAAAGUGCAAGAAGAAUUAAAACGUAUUUUGCCACAUGUUCAAAUAUUGCAAUGUUACGGAUUGACAGAGGUUGGAGACUUUGCAGCGACACAACUACCAAAUAGUAAGAACGGAUCUUGCGGGGUAGUAGUCAAGAAUGGGCAAAUUAAAAUCGUGGAUCCUGAAAGCGGAAAAAUACUUAGUCCCAAUAAACCAGGAGAAAUAUGCAUAAAACUUCCAACUAUAAUGACUGGUUACUAUAAAAAUCCCGAAGCGACAAAAAAUAUUAUGGAUAAGGGAGGAUGGAUACAUUCCGGUGAUAUUGGAUAUAUGGAUAAAGACGGGGAGUUAUUCAUUGUGGAUAGAAUGAAAGAACUUAUAAAGUAUAGAGGCUAUCAAGUAUCUCCCGGAGAAAUCGAAAAUGUUUUACUAUUGCAUCCAGCAGUGCUGGAAGUUGCAGUAAUAGGAGUGCCUCAUCCAAUAGAUGACGAACAUCCUCUUGCCUUCGUCAGUAAGCAGCCUGAUGCUAAGGUGACGCAGCAGGAAUUGAUAGACUUUGUAGCGAGGAACAUGAUGGAUAAUUACAAACUACGUGCAGGAGUAAUAUUUUUGGAUCAUUUUCCAUAUACGGGUUCAGGGAAAAUUUCGAGAAAAGAUUUGAAAACAAUGGCGAAAAAAUUGUUAAAGUAUAAUGAUUGAUUAGCUACAAUUUUUUAAACAUAAAAAAAUUACGGAAUGUAUAAACAUACAUAAUAAACCUAAAUAGCACAAAAUCUAAAAUCGUAUUUUACGAAUCAAUUUGAGACUUUCUGUUGUUUGGAAAAUAUACCUACAACUUUCUUAUACAUAUUGUAAAUCUUAGCUGAAGGAUAAGUUUUAAAAUGAGGUCAAUGAGAUCAAUAAGAUCAAUGAGAUAAAGUUAUUUUUUAUUUGUAUGUUUUGUUAUUUUAUUAUUUUAAAAAUAUACAAAGAAAAAAGGAAUAAAAAAUGUCCAUAU